AUGGCAUCUGCAAUCUUCUUUCUGGAUCUCAAGGGCAAGACCCUCCUUGCCCGAAACUAUAGGGGUGACAUUCCCAUGUCCGCCGUCGAAAAGUUCCCUGUUCUCCUGUCAGAAGCCGAAGAAGAGUCAUCAGCCGUUCCGCCAUGCUUCUCCCACGAGGGAAUCAACUACUUAUACAUCCGCCACAACAACCUAUAUCUCCUGGCGCUGACGAAGCGCAACACCAAUGCCGCCGGAAUCCUGCUCUUCCUGCACAAAGUCGUCGAGGUCUUCACCGAGUACUUCAAGGCUUUGGAGGAAGAAUCCAUCCGCGACAACUUUGUCGUCAUUUACGAGCUUCUCGACGAAAUGAUGGACUUUGGCUAUCCCCAGACCACCGAGUCCAAGAUCCUCCAAGAAUACAUUACUCAAGAAUCACACAAGCUCGAGAUCCAGGCCCGCCCGCCAAUCGCCGUGACCAAUGCUGUGUCUUGGCGAUCCGAGGGUAUCCGUUACCGCAAGAACGAAGUCUUCCUCGAUGUUGUCGAGAGCUUGAACCUCCUCGUCAGCGCCAACGGAAAUGUGUUGCGGAGUGAGAUUCUCGGCGCCAUCAAGAUGAAAUGUUACCUCAGUGGUAUGCCCGAGCUGAGAUUGGGACUCAACGACAAGGUCAUGUUUGAGACGACAGGCCGCUCGACGCGAGGCAAGGCUAUUGAGAUGGAGGAUGUCAAGUUCCACCAGUGCGUGCGACUCUCGCGCUUCGAAAACGACCGGACAAUCUCCUUCAUUCCCCCCGAUGGCGAGUUCGAGCUCAUGUCGUACCGCCUCAACACCCAAGUCAAGCCCCUAAUCUGGGUCGAGUGUCUCGUCGAAUCCCACUCCGGCUCUCGUAUCGAAUACAUGCUCAAGGCCAGAGCCCAGUUCAAGCGACGAAGCACGGCCAACAACGUCGAAAUUAUCGUCCCUGUCCCCGACGAUGCCGAUUCCCCCCGAUUCAGAACCAACGUCGGUUCUGUGCAUUACGCCCCUGAACAGAGCGCCAUUGUCUGGAAGAUUAAGCACGUCAGAGGAGACGACGAGCACGGCGGUGGCAUGACGGUCAAGUUUGAGAUUCCCUACUUUACAACGAGUGGAAUUCAAGUCCGAUACCUCAAGAUUACAGAGCCCAAGCUUCAAUAUCCUUCUCUUCCAUGGGUCCGAUAUAUCACACAAUCUGGCGAUAUUGCUGUUCGACUGCCCGAUGUAGCUUGA